UCGCGCUCUUCGGAGCGAGGGCUUCCGGGAGAAGAGGCCGAUGUCGUGAGAACAGCGAGUGCGGCGUACCUCCUCGAGAAAGCCGGUGGCGCCUCAGAGAAGGGAAAAGGCAAGAUGGGUACUCUCGAACUGAUUGAGAAGGUCACGAGCGGAAGAUCGCUGAUAUUGGGCAACACAACUACCGUAGAGGAUGACGAAGACAAAGAUGCGUCAGCUGCUGCCAAGAAGGACGAGGCGGCCACUGACACGACCAC